ACUAACAAAAGUUACAACUGUAUAAGGCUUAGCGUGGAUAGAGAUCUUCAGUUGUUCUGAUGCAUUGUUGGAAAUCAGCGGCGAAGUCAAAAUCGAAAUUGCCGGGUUGGGACCUUCCCAUCAUAUAACCGUCUCUCGUUUUUAUUCUUUUCUUCUUCUGUAACAACAAUUAAAUAUUGUCACCACCGUCAGCACGGCGAAAUUGAACGUGUAGGAGGACAAAAAGCUUUAAGAGUGGGAUCAUUUACUGUCUAUCAAUUGCCUGUCUUUUUUUUUCUACUACUUUCCGAUCUGCCACAUUGCGACGACCCACGCGUCCCGGUUAAUGUGUUUCAUACUCGCCUUUCCUGGUCUCUCGUUUGAAUCUGACUUCAUACCUUUUUAACAAAUCUUGGCUACCCCCAGGCUCCCCGGGUUGCUCGAUUGCGAUACAACAUUCGAAACGACUUACCUAUCCGUAUUCUUUAACCUACCUUAACCCUAUGUGAUGCUAUUUGAUAUCGCCGUAGUAACUCUCGCCAGUGCGCUUGCCUGCGUAUUGCGCUAGGCAAUUACUUCUGUUUCCUUCCGUUCGUAUACAUUCGUACAUCUAAUUAAUAAACUGUCAUCUGGAUGACACCCAUUUCACAAUGACCCGGUCUGCCGCUUCGCCGAGGCAGUCGCAGCAGAGCCCUACCGCGCCUCCUUCCCAAUCAAUUCCCUUACAAGAUCUCGCGAGGCAGCAACAUCGGAAUGAUGGUGCUCAAUCGUCACAAUCGCAAGCUGGAGACCAGAGAGCUUCUCAUGCGAACAGCAAUCCCCUAGGGCUCUCUAUGUAUUGGGAGGGUUAUCAACCUCAUAAUCACCAUGACGAGCCGGAAUUGAGUCCUUCCUCGCCCAUAGAUGCGGCCGCCUUGCAGUUUGCCCUUCCUCCGGGCAUCACCCCUCCGCCACCGGCGAUGCCUCGAGCCGCAUCCUCAUCGACGAUCCCGAACCCAUAUGCCGCCCCCGAGACGCCAUAUUACGACGAGACCGUUCAUGUUGAUUACUUCGAAUCGGAUAGCUCGCCAUUGACGUCUGCUGCGCAGCCCAUAUCUGGCGCCCUAGCCACCCCGCAAGGUGAAUCGCAACCAAGAGAUAGUUUCCAGACCGUGUCGGAUUUGGAUAAUUCUCGUCCGCGUGAACGAUCCGCACAGAUGCUGGGCUUCGAUCUAGAAACCGGGAAUGAUCUGGGUAAACAUCGAAGCUAUGGCAAUUCUCUCAUGCCAAGCGACAACCGGUCCUCACGAAUCCCAGGAACAGCUGGGGAUGCUCUAUACAGAGCUGGGUCAAUUGUUAGGGCCAUGUCCCAGCGUGUUGUUAAUAUUAGUGGUGAAGGUGAAACGUUCGAGCAACAACAGCAGAGACGGCAGAGAUCGAGAUCACCAAGUGCCGAUGGUCGAGCGUCAGGUCGAGUGUCUCCAAGCCAUAGUUCUGCCCAGUUUGGUAUUGACACAUCAUAUCCUUCUCAACUCUAUAAUUCGCAAAACGAGAAAAACGGCGAGGCCGAAUGGAAUGUACCGCUAUCUCCCUUGUCUCCUCGUCGGGGACCGAUGCCAAAUCCUUUGAAAGGCCGUUCACUUGGUAUAUUUGGGCCUGAUAAUAUCAUCAGGAGGAAAUUGUGCGAUUUGCUCGUCAAUCCAUACAUGGAGCCAAUUUUGCUCUUGUUGAUUGUGCUUCAAGCUAUCUUGCUCGCAGUGGAGGCUGCGAACAAUGUUUAUAUUCCCGGAAACGAGCGACCUCCCCUCUGGGACCCUUCCUCGGGAAUAAAUUGGGCACUCCUCGUCCUCUUCAUAAUAUUUACACUCGAGACUGGCGCUAGGAUUAUAGUGUCCGGUUUCGUGCUAAAUGCUGCAGAAUACAGCACCAUUGACCGAAAGAAGGGAAUUCGAGCUGCCAUAUCCGACCAAUACAACGCCGUCUUUAGGCCCCAGCGCCAAAAAUCGGUGAAAGCUUCAAAGGAACAAGCUUACGGUCCUUCUACGUUUGCUCGGUCCUUCACUAUGAUGCAUGGCAUCAUGCCAGAGACGAUUGAGGAGCAGCAAAGGAUGCAAUUAGCACGUCGAGCCUUUUUGAGGCACGGGUUCAACAGACUAGAUUUCAUCGCAGUUGUGUCUUUCUGGAUCGCGUUUGUUCUGAGCAUAACUGGCGUUGAGAUGGAGAAGCAUCUGUUCAUCUUUCGAAUGCUCAGUUGCCUUCGGAUUGUUCGAUUGCUUGCCCUUACGAAUGGAACAGCAAUCAUAUUGCGAAGUCUUAAGAAAGCAGCCCCAUUGCUUGUUCGAGUAUCCUUUCUCAUCGGGUUUUUCUGGCUCUUAUUUGCCAUUAUCGGCGUGCAGAGUUUCAAGGCCAGUUUAAGCCGGCAGUGUGUUUGGCUGGAUCCCACACAGCCUACCAAUCUCUCUGCAGCAUACACGAAUGAUAUGACCUUUUGCGGCGGAUAUCUCGAUGAGAAUGGAACGGCGAGGCCCUGGCUUAAAAUGAUGUUUCCCAACUCGGACACCUUAGUAGAUCUCGUUACUCCAUCGACAAAACCAAAGGGCUACAUUUGUCCAAGAAACUCCAUUUGCCUUGAGCAAUCAAGUCCAUAUAACCAAACUGUCAAUUUUGACAACAUCAUCAACUCCCUGGAGCUAGUUUUCGUGAUCAUGAGCGCCAAUACGUGGUCCGAUCUCAUGUAUUACACAACCUACUCAGAAUUCCUUCCAGCGGCCCUCUUCUUUGCUGCCGGCAUCAUGAUUAUGAUGUUGUGGCUGACCAAUUUGCUAAUUGCCGUCAUCACUUCCUCUUUCCAGGUUAUCCGAGAGGAAAGCCGGGCAAGCGCUUUCACGGCAGAUGAGGACUAUCAAGUUCCUGGUGGACAAGAUCAACGGCUACGGAGAACCUCAACCCUACAAAGAAUAUACGACAAGACUUGGAUUUUCUGGGUGUUACUGAUCGCAUAUGAUCUCUUUGCUCAGGCUUGGCGAAGUGCAUCAAUGUCGGAAGUACGAGCAAGGUUCAUUAGUUAUAAUAGUGUCGUAGUUACGAUUCUAUUAGACAUUGAGAUCACCAUCCGAUUUUCGGCCAACUGGAGGACAUUUCAUAAGAGUACCCGGAACUUAUUCGACCUCUUUCUAGCGGUAGCAAACACGAUAAUAAUUUUCCCACCGAUUUUCAAUCACGGUCAAACAUAUGCAUGGCUGACGAUAUUCCAAAUUCUACGAUCCUAUCGUGUGGUCCUGGCCAUACCAAUCACGAGGAAACUGAUCGUGUUAGUUCUCGGAAACGCUACGGGUAUUGCAAAUCUCAUAGUCUUUGUGUUCUUGAUCACGUUCAUCAUGGCUAUCUUUGCCGUCCAGCUUUUUCGAGGGGAAAUUCCCUUGUACGAUGACGGGGGUGAUCUUGUUAGAAUUUCAUUUUACAACAUCUUCAACUCCUUCCUCGGCAUGUAUCAGAUCCUUUCGAGUGAGAAUUGGACGAGCAUCCUCUACGACGUGACAUCGUAUACCACUGCUCGUCAUACCUCCUGGUAUGGUGCGAUGUUCCUUAUCGGCUGGUUCAUCCUCGCAUUCUUCAUUCUUGUCAAUAUGUUCAUUGCCGUCAUUCAAGAAAACUUCGAUGUAUCGGAAGAUGAAAAACGAUUGGAGCAAGUCAAGGCGUUCUUGCAGCGCAAGGAGCUGGGUAGCAAAUCCAACACCAACAUCACGCUUUCUGAUAUAUUCUCUUUCGGGAAAUCUAAAACGAGAGAUCCGCUGGAUUACGGGCCGGCGACGAUGGAGAUGUUGUUGAAGGAUGCCGUUGUCCGAGAAUUCCUUGACGAUACGCUGGACCCCUUACACCAGGAAUCUACCAAUAGCCCGUCGCCGAGAGAGGGAGCUGUUCGACCUGGAUUUUGGUCAUCUGUAUGGACCAAAAUCAGAGGCUUAUUCACUAGCCGUGAUCCAAAUCCUUUCUACUCCAACAUACGUUUUAAUGGUCCUAAUGACGCUCUUGACCCUCGUCAAAUGGCUCGCCAGGCCGUGUCUGCUACUGCAGAACGCCGUAAAGCCCAGCGGGAAUAUCUUGCCCGCCACCCCACGUAUAAUAACUCGCUUUUCAUCUUCACUCCUAGAAAUCCCAUCCGACGACUUUGCCAACGGCUCGUCGGACCAGGAAGAGGCAAUGAACGAUUUGAUGGCGUGGAGCCGAACAAAAUCGCUUGGUAUUCCUUUACGGUAUUCAUCUAUGGGGCCAUCAUCGCCAUGGUAAUCCUGGCUUGUAUUACGACUCCGUUGUAUCAAAAAGAAUAUCUUGAGCAACACCAGAAUGAAAACCGAUUCAAGAGUUGGUUCGUCUGGGUUGACCUUGGCUUUGCAAUCCUCUUCACAGUCGAGGCUGCCAUUAAGAUCAUUGCCGAUGGCUGGUUCUUUACACCCAAUGCCUACUAUAGGAGUUCUUGGGGCAUUAUAGAUGGUGUUGUGCUCGUCACAUUAUGGAUUAAUGUCCUAGCCCUUCUUGCCAGCGACGGGGCUGUCUCCAGGGUAAUCGGUGCCUUCAAAGCGCUAAGAGCUCUUCGUCUGCUCAACAUUAGCAACAGUGCGAGAGAUACCUUCCAUUCCCUAAUAAUAGUGGCCGGAUGGAAGAUCAUUAGUGCUGCGCUGGUCUCGUUGUCUCUGUUGAUCCCAUUUGCCAUAUACGCAGUGACCUUGUUUUCAGGAAAGCUUAUGCAAUGCAACGACAACAACGUAAAUUUAUUACGUGACUGUUUUGGCGAAUAUAGUAGCACGCCGUCCAACCCGGACUGGCCAUUACUUGCGCCCCGUGUGGCAGAUAACCAAUACUUCAAAUUCGAUGACUUCGCCUCCUCCCUCUUCAUUCUCUUCCAGAUCGUCUCACAGGAAGGGUGGGUUGACGUAUCAUUCGCUGCGCAAGCAAUUACAGGCUAUGGAAUUCAACCUCAGCCCAUGGCGGCGCAAGGCAACGCUAUGUUUUUUGUGGUUUUCAACCUACUAGGCACAGUAUUCGUGUUGACUCUCUUCAUCUCUGUUUUCAUGCGAAACUACACUGAACAAACCGGUGUUGCAUUUUUGACGGCGGAGCAGAGAUCGUGGCUUGAAUUGCGCAAACUUUUACGACAGAUCUCCCCGUCCAGAAGUUCUUACAACGACUCCAAGAAUAAAUGGAAAAUAUGGUGUCAUAAGCGAGCAAUCGAAAAACGGGGCAAGUGGUAUACGACAAUUACCGUUAUGCUUGUCUUGCACCUGAUUUUAUUGAUGAUAGAAUAUUACCCCGAGCCGGACAGAUGGGCUCUUACGAGGGAUGUCAUUUUCUUAAUGUUCAAUUUGACCUACAUUGCGAAUAUCGUCAUUCGUAUUGUCGGCCUUGGCUGGAAGCGGUUUAGAAAGAGUUCUUGGGACGUUUUCUCCCUGGUAUCCGUCUUCGGUGCGUUAGCGACGUCCGUUUUACAGCUUGUUAAGUUGGAAAACCAAACAUUCGUCCAACUUCACAAGUAUUUCCUCGUCAGCAUUGUCCUCCUCCUUAUUCCUAGAAACGAUGCUCUCGACCAACUCUUCAAGACAGCGGCGGCGAGUCUUACAACAAUCGUCAACCUGCUUGCCACUUGGCUGGUGUUCUUCCUCGUGUUUGCGAUAGCCUUGACUCAAACGUUCAGCUUGACUCGGUUUGGAGGAAGUGAAGCUGUCAACAUCAAUUUCAGAACAGUGCCCAACGCCCUAAUCCUCCUCUUCCGUAUGAGUGUGGGUGAGGGUUGGAACCAAAUCAUGGAAGAUUACGCCACUAUCGAGCCGCCGCUCUGUGUCGAUGAUGAAGACUUCUUUAAUAGCGACUGCGGUAGCACGAAUUGGGCUAGAUGCCUGUUUAUCGCCUGGAAUCUCAUCAGCAUGUAUAUCUUCGUCAAUCUCUUCAUCUCGCUCAUCUACGAGAGUUUCAGUUAUGUGUAUCAGCGCUCGAGCGGAAUGGCGCACAUCGAUCGAGACGAGAUACGGAGGUUCAAAGAAGCUUGGCGCAGCGUUGAUCCUGCUGGUUCUGGGUUCAUCAGCAAAGAAGCUUUUCCGAGACUGUUGGGAGAACUAUCCGGCAUCUUCGAAAUGCGAAUCUAUGAUUCGGAAGACUCGGUCCGUCAGAUUCUAGAUGACGUUAGAAGUGAUGAAACACCAAUGAGGCAUUCAUCGCUCGCUACCGCAAGCAACCUUGGUGGAGUGGACAUCCGGAGAUUAAACCAAAGGCUCACUCAGAUCGACGUCCGGAAAGUACAAGAGCGCCGCCGCCGGUUCAACAUCUUCUAUGAGGAGGUGAUGGUUUCCGCGGACCCUAUUCAAGGUAUCUCUUUCACAACAGUGCUCAUGAUCAUGGCGCAUUAUAAGAUCAUCAGUGACAGCAAGAGUCUAAGGCUCGAGGAAUUUUUGCGGCGCCGUGCGCGCCUUCAACGAGUUGAGGAAGAGGUUCGUCGGAGGGUCGUUGUCGGUUUCUUCGACACGGUCUAUUGGUCCCGGAAAUUCAAGAGACAUAUGGAGAAGAAGCGAUCCGCACGGAUGACAGCAAUUCCUCAAUUAGACGUGCCCGACAUCUUCGUAGAUGACGAGGACGAUCGUAGACGAGCAGUGCAACAACGGACAACAAUGGCGGCUCCACCUGGUAGUGCGACGCCUUCUGAUUUCCUUGCUGUGUCCGACGCCGCACGGCCUCAGCACAAAAGCUGGGCUUCCGGCACCGACAUAUCGACGUAUGACUCGUCCCAGACACAUCCUCUAAGCUUACCACGGGCGAGCCCCUCCAUGCCUGGGCCUCGCUCACAUGCUUCGGCCUUCAGUUUCGAACUGCAAGAUUCCAGACCAAAUUCCGGCGAGAACAGCAGGCGCGGCAGUUCGGUAAGCCCUGCCCAGGUCAGAGAGCUGCUUGAUGACUCUGUCUGGGUUGAAAGCAUCCGGCGAAGCGCAACAAUACGAAAAUCAAAAUCAACCGCGCGAUCUGACUGGAGUGGUGGUCGGUAAGACCCCAAAUAGUCAUCACAACGGCUACAUUGGCCCCCGUAAUGAAAUAAUACGGACUCAGGAGGGCAUGAUGAUAAUUAUAUGGUACCUCAGUAACCUACAUGCCAAAAGAUUCAGGGUGGGUUAAGGAUGCAUCUAAAGGGGGUUCUACACGAAGAGGAACAUGACUUGGAUGAGGUUAAUAGGCGUUUUUGGCAUGUAACGGGUUGCAUUGGACGGAACUAUCGUCUAUACCAUGAAUCAGCGAUUUUUGUUUUUAUACCAUGUAUUCCCAUCAACUUUAGGGAGGACAUUAGUUGGAUGCUGAUGUUCCGAAGCAUUAGACCGGCAGAGAUACCAAUAGCACAUCGCAUGUGCUAACCUUUUAUAUGUAUUUAUUAGGGGUUCUAAGACUAGAAAGAGAGUAAGAAAGAUCAACAAACGACAGAACGUAAACCGAC